AUGACCAUGAAGUUGAACAUUGCGACGAUUACAUUGUUCUUGUUGCUGGCUAUCUUUGGUAUAGCCCAGUCAACUAUCAUUAAUAUAAACAAAUUUGGUGGAAAACCAAACACAGAUAUAACACAGGCUUUCACGAGUGCUUGGAAAGUAGCAUGUGUAUCAACAACUCCAAGCAAAAUUCUGAUUCCACGUGGGACAUACAGGAUGAAUGAAAUAGAUGUAAAAGGUCCUUGUAAGGCUCCCAUUGAAGUUCAAGUUGAUGGAACCAUUCAAGCACCAGCUGACCCAAAUGCACUCCACGAUGCUUAUCAAUGGGUCAAAUUUGGAUAUGUUGACUUUUUAACCAUAUCAGGUAAAGGCACUUUUGAUGGUCAAGGGGCAAGAUCUUGGAAAGAAAAUGACUGUGGAACAAACAAGAAUUGCAAGAGGCGUUCCAUGAAUUUUGGUUUCAACUUCAUAAAGCAUUCAAUUAUUCGCGACAUAACUUCUAAGGACAGCAAAAAUUUUCAUGUCAAUGUUUUGGGGUGCACCAAUGUCACAUUUGAUGGCUUCAUCGUCAGUGCUCCUGGUAACAGCAUCAACACCGAUGGGAUCCACUUGGGAAGAUCAACUGAUGUGAAAAUUCUUAACACCAACAUUGCAACGGGUGAUGAUUGUAUCUCAAUCGGAGAUGGCAGCAGACAAAUAACUAUUCAAAACGUGAAUUGUGGACCUGGCCAUGGCAUUAGUGUUGGAAGCCUUGGAAAGUAUGUAAAUGAAGAGUCUGUGGAACAUCUUUUAGUCAAGAAUUGCACCUUGACAAAUACUGACAAUGGUAUAAGGAUCAAGACAUGGCCUAGUGCCCCAGGAACUUCUCCCAUUACUGAUAUGCAUGUUGAAGAUAUUACAAUGGUUAAUGUCUUGAACCCAAUUAUCAUUGACCAAGAGUACUGUCCUUGGAAUCAAUGUUCAAAGCAGAUUCCCUCAAAAAUAAAGAUAAGUAAAAUUGUGUUCAAGAAUAUUAAGGGCACAUCAAAGAGCAAGGAAGGAGUGACUCUUGUAUGCAGCAGGGGUGUACCAUGUGAGGGUGUGCAACUGAUUGAUGUUGCUCUUACAUUCAAUGGAGCUCCAACAGUUGCUAAAUGUUCUAAUGUCAGGCCCAUAGUUAGCGGAAAGGCUCCCGUUUGUGCAGCUUAA